AAGCAAGUGACAUGCUGCGACGUCGCUUGAGAUACACGUCAUCUACGCGGAAAAGCACAACUAGCAACAAGCUAGCAGAAGGCACGCGGCUACAGAAACUGUUUGGAUAUUGUGGCUUUUUCUCUGCCUUCUAAGUUGUUCAUUUGGUGAGUAAAUUAACCAAAGUCUGUUUGAAGGCUAUCGUGAAUGCCCUUUGAUUGAACUCUGAAAGUCUGCCUUGGAUUUUUGUCACUCGGCAACGGAACUCACUUCAUUGAUCGGUUACUUGUAACGCUGUGAAGUGAAAACAAGUGAACAAGGAUGAGCACUCAGUACAGCAUACUCUUCAAACAAGAACAUGCUCAUGAUGAUGCCAUAUGGACUGCUGCCUGGGGGAAAAGUCUGAAUAAUGGCUGUGAGACUAUAGUGACCGGGUCUUUGGACGACAUGGUCAAAGUCUGGAAGUGGUCGGAUGAGAGACUCGAGCUUCAGUGGACCAUGGAGGGUCAUCAACUUGGAGUGGUGUCAGUGGACAUCAGUCACAACGGGGCCAUCGCAGCGUCCAGCUCACUGGAUGCACACAUUCGACUUUGGGACCUGGAGACCGGUAAACAGAUCAAGUCUAUGGAUGCCGGACCAGUGGAUGCAUGGACUGUUGCCUUCUCUCCCGACUCAAAGUACAUCGCUACAGGGAGCCACCUGGGCAAGGUAAACAUCUUCGGAGUGGAAAGUGGGAAGAAGGAACACUCUUUGGACACUCGAGGAAAAUUCAUCCUCAGUAUCGCUUACAGCCCGGAUGGAAAGUACCUAGCAAGUGGGGCCAUUGAUGGAAUCAUCAACAUCUUUGACAUCGCAACGGGGAAGCUACUCCAUACACUGGAAGGGCAUGCCAUGCCAAUUCGAUCUCUCACAUUCUCGCCUGACUCCCAGCUUCUGGUCACCGCCUCUGACGACGGUUACAUCAAGAUUUACGACGUGCAGCACGCCAAUCUGGCAGGGACACUGAGUGGACACGCAUCUUGGGUCUUGAAUGUUGCCUUCUCUCCCGACGACACGCACUUUGUCUCCAGCUCCUCGGACAAAAGUGUGAAAGUCUGGGAUGCCAGUUCCAGGAUGUGCGUCAACACAUUCUUUGAUCAUCAGGACCAAGUUUGGAGUGUCAAGUACAACGGCACAGGAUCCAAAAUCAUCUCCACGGGGGAUGAUCGUGCCAUUCAUAUCUAUGACUGUCCACUCUGAUGUGGUUUUGAUUAGCCUUCCUCCCUACAAACCUGUUUGCGCAUUAACAUCUUCAGCCAUUCACAUCUAUGACUGUCCAUUCUGGUGUUAAGAAUUUGUCUCUAAAAUGGAUGCAGGAUGUGGCUUCCUUACACAAGUGUAUAUAAAGACCCCUAGUCUUUGGUCACAGACAGCAUUUAGAACACAGUCUUGCAUAUCUAUAAAAUGCUAUUCCAACAACAGUGCUUUUAAAGCCCACUUUUCUGUUGUUCUGGUAUUUUGUUGUCUUUUGUUUUAUGCCAGAAAUUAAUUUUGUAAGAAAUAUUGCAUUUGAUCAUUAAAGCAAAUCAAGCAUC